UAACAACAUGUCAGGGUCAAUGCGAAACAAGAAUGCGGGAGAGUUAACUAGCUACCCAGCUAGCUAGCUUCUAGUUAGCUAGCAUGCUACAUCGCUAGAUUAGCCAAGUGAUGAUGUAAUUUACUAGCUGUAGCUAGCUAGCUAGUUCCUCAAAACGAAGACUAAGGCUAAUAAACGAUAAGACUCUUAUGAGCAGCACCGUGCCACAGCCAGUCGCUAUUCAGAAUGUUCGUCGUGUGUCGCGUAUUUAAUAUUUAUUAUGCAUUUUAGGGAUGUAGAUUUUUAGAAAAUAAUUUCCAAUAUUAGCUCACCGGCUAGCUAGCUAGCUAACGAUAACAUCUUGUGACGGUAACUUUGGGGGUAGUAGGGGGCUUGCGUUAGCGAAGCGCAUUUAAAUUAUGGAAGGAGUUCUGUACAAAUGGACAAAUUACAUCACUGGGUGGCAGCCACGCUGGUUUGUGUUGGGGAAUGGCAUUCUGUCCUAUUACGACUCUCAGGAUGACGUCCGUAAAGGGAGCAAAGGGAGUAUUAAAAUGUCCGUGUGUGAAAUUAAAGUUCACCCGACUGACAAUACCAGGCUGGAGCUGAUCAUUCCCGGAGAGCAGCACUUCUACCUGAAGGCAGUGAACGCCGCGGAGAGGCAGAAGUGGCUGGUGGUCCUCGGAAGUUCUAAAGCGUGUUUGAUUGACACCAGAACGAAAAAAGAGAAAGAAAUUACAGAAACCACAGAGACUCUGAAAACAAAGAUGUCUGAACUGCGACUCUACUGUGACUUGCUCAUGCAGCAGGUUCACACGAUACAGAAAUCUGUAGAUGAAGAAGCAGACCACUCCACAUCCAGCACGGAGACCAUAAACGACGCCUCCUCUUUACUGAGUGCCACUUGCAAUACGUUUAUUAAAACACUGGAAGAAUGUAUGAAAAUUGCAAAUGCCAAGUUCAAGCCCGAGAUGUUCCAGUCUAACGUGCCAGGCUCCGUCAUCGCCCCGGUGUCCUCGUCUCCUGUGCACAUGGUUCGGAUGAAACGUUCCAUCAGUCAUCCGGGAACCUACAGCUUUGACAGGACAAGCCACUCGCCAAAGGAGAGCUUGUCUUCACUCCAGAGGAUAUCACAGAGACGAGCCCGGACUUACUCAGACACAGAGCCCCACGGUGAUGCUUGCGCUGAGGAAACGGACCGGACCUCGCUGUGCUCCAAAGCCAUGGUGAACGGAGACCCCACAUCGGCCAUCCCAGAGGAGGCGGGCGUCGGUCCCAGGGCCACGCCUGACCUGGACGCCCCGCCCUUCUGAAUCAUGUGAUCUCAGCCUUUAAUUCACACUGCUGUGCAGUCGUCCGCGUUGCGUUACUGGUAUUAUGGGAAGUACUGUGUUAUUUCCUGUAGAAGGAUUCCUUUGCACUUUAAAUAAUGUAAAAAAUACUUAUUUUAAUAUUCUUCCAAGAUUUUUUUUAAUGUAUCAAUAUUCCAGAAGGAUAUGUAUACGUUGUGUAGCACAUUUAUGAUUACUAUUCAUCGCGGUGAAACUCAGCUGGGAGUUUCCCCCUCUGUAUUUUAAACACAGUCCCAGUAGAAGCAGUGGUAGCUGGGCCAAGGCUCUGCCUUGUAGGCUUGUAGGCGAGAUCACUCGGGUUGCUCUUAAGCUUCGGCAUGCCUGUCUUACUACUGCUAUGUAACACACUGUUGAAAUGUGAUGAACAUGUCCGCUUUCACGUCCACCAUUAAAACACGCUUUAACAGUGAGUUUAGACGCUGAAUUGAGCAGCCCUCUGUCUGUCUAUGUGUGUGCGUUUGAACUGUAUAGAUGACGUCUUGGAUUUUUGCUUCCGUUUGAACCAAAGCGCAGUUCUAAAUGUAAGUUUUCCAUCCUGAGUGUUAAUGGUUCAUGAUCAUGUGACUCAGGGUAGGGCCACUGAAGGCAGUACAAGCAGAAGCUGAUAUUAUGGUAUUAUUUUGUGCACUUUGCAACAGUUGAUACUUGUUCCUCCAGUCUGACACAUGUUAUUUAGCAGGCAAUAAUGGCAAUAUUGCGGCACACCCUUGUUUGGAAGUAGCAGACGGCAGACGCACUGCUGUUGCACAGAAACCAGACGCGUUCAGAAUGGAGGCGUUGAGGAAGUAGGAGCAUCCGCUACACACCGUCCCCUGUGUGCAUCAUUUCCUACUUUCUUACCUGUCACAGGGAAAACAACAGGCACUGUUAGUCUGUCCAGCAGAGACCUCCCGACUGCCUCCACCUCCUGGUACGCCU